AUGUCAGUUGUUCAGGAUCACGAUGUUGAUUGGGAUUCUUUCGUGAAUCACGACCUGGUUGAACCACAUACCUGGCACCUUGCGGAUGAUCCCUGGCACCUUGCGGAUGAUCCCUGGCACUACGAACUCACAACACUUGCAUCAUCGCCUACCGAAUAUUCUGACGAACACGUCACCUCCAGCGCACGGUCAGACGAUGGACUCGGCAUACAGCUCCUUGGGGACAGUCUUUCGUACGAAGAACUUGGAAAGUUCUGGCUCGAGACCUCAAACGACCAGAACCACAAUAUUCAAGCAGACCAACACCAACAGAACACCAUCUCAGCGGGCUCGCAACCGCCCGUCGUUUUGGAGGUCGAGGACGAACUGACAGGAACUGGGAUCGUCCAUCAUCACAGCCUUCCACGUCACACCAUCGAGGCUGCGAUAAUUCCCGUCACUGAGAGUGGGCAAACGUUACUGGCCUCAUCGAUUCCAAAGCCAGUUCCACCUGUUACGACUCAGGAGUCCAAGUCAAAGCACGGCAGAGGCGGGAAGAGGAAACGUAGAGAAAAGCCGCCCCAGUCACCUCACGAUAUUGAAAAGCGUUAUCGAAGCAAUCUCAAUGACAAGAUCGCGGAAUUAAAAGUACUGGUCCCUACAUUGCGGGCCAAGAUGGAGGGUGUCCCGGAGGGUGAGGAAUUUCUCCUCGCUGGGCUGAAACCCGCGCGAACACUGAAGAAAAGCGUUGUACUUGCAAAGACUAUUGAGUACAUCAAGCAUCUGGAGGAUUGUAACGACGCACUCGCAACACAGGUGACCUUUUGA